AUGUCAAACCGCGAAGAACCACCGCCCUCGUACGAGCAAGCUAUUGCAAGCUCCGGCCCUCGCGACACCCGUCCAGGCACAAGCGGCGGCACAUCAUCACGACCGGGCACCAGCGGCGGAGCCAACAUCCACACCGACAACCUCCUUCACGUCCCCGGCGACGACCACCACGGGCACGAGGGAAUCCCGACCCCAACUCGCCUUAGCAUGGAAGACGAGCUCCGUCCUCUCCCCGAAGGCUGGGUACGCACCUACGACCCGGAAACCAACCACCAAUUCUUCGUCGACACCAAAGCCGACCCCUUCCGCUCCAUCUGGCACCACCCCUACGACGACGACCAGUUUCUCAACUCGCUACCUCCCGCCGAGCGCGACCGCAUCGAGCAGUUGAAGCGGCAGCAACACCACGACCCUGUCCACAGCCAUUCCCGGCCUGGCUCGUCUUCUCGAGCUUCAGCUUCAGGCUCAAGAGCUCACAGCCCACAACCACCCCGUUCACCAGCCCGUGAUCCAACCCUCCAAGAGGUAGCCGCCCAUCUCCAACGCACCGGCGGCCGGACCCGACCACAGGUCCACGGCCAUGACCACCACGCGAGCGACGACGAACAGAAAACCUUCGGCCGCAAGCUCAAAGACAAACUCACCGGCACCACACACAACGAGCGCGUAGAGGCACGAGCAGCCCGCGAAAAAGCCGAGCGCGAAGCUCUCCAGCAACAUCUCCUCUUGCGCAGAGCGAUGCAAAAAGCCAUGGAAACUAGUCGGCCCCAGCUUCUCGGAAAAGACGAUAACGGCGUGGAUCUGUACCUCGAGCCGCCUGGACACAUGUUCCCUGGGGUGGCGGGCGUUAAGCCGCUUACACCCUGGUUGAGCGAGGUGUAUUAUGAGAGGGAUAGGACGAAUGGGGGUGUGAGGCAGCCGGGACCGCCUGGACGGUAUUUGAGGCCCGAGGGGAGUAUGUAUGGUUUCGGGUAUGGGGGGUAUGAUUGUGGGCCUAUGGGAGGGGGACGGUAUGCUAGGCCUGUGGGGCCGUAUCAGAGGCCGAUGAGGCCGGUUGGGUAUGGAGGGGGAUUGGGACUGCCGUUGAUGGCGCCCAUGUUGGGGGUGUCAUGUUGGGGAGUUUGA